UUGUUCGGUUGUAACAGCGCUCAUGGCAUUAACAUUAAUAACAUUAAUAUAACUGUUUACUUAGAUGGAGAUGCAGUAGCAAUACGCUUGGAUGAUAAUACUGAAGUCAACUCAGCAUUCUUUUCCGCAGAAAUAUGCUAUGGAUCCUCCUCAGAUUACAUAUUUUUUCAUACAAGGAACAAAAACGACACAUUUCUUUCUAAGGCGAAUAACCAAAGAAAUAUUCAAAUCAACGACAUACUACGAAUUAUCGCUGUUUUUGAAAAAGAUGGUCAAGGAAUAACGAAACCUUACGAAUUUAAGAUUAAUGAGCAUAAAAAAGUUGUCAAAAAUAAAAAGCCAGAGUGCGAUUGCUUGCAAUCUGAACCGCAACAGGAUUACAAGAAUCUUAAUUGUAGCGGCACUCUUAUCUUUGAGGAAAAUUUCAACAAUCAGAGCCUAUCCAAUUGGACUUAUGAAUUACGCUCACUAGUUUUAGCAGCAGAGCCAGAACAAGAAUUCGUUGCCUAUGUGGACAAAAAAAAAAAUAUUUGGUUGAAAGAUAACAUUUUGUACUUAAAUGCAACCCGGGAACAAUGUAAAGAAUCAUUUGAGCAAAAGAACUGUACAAGCAAAAAAAAAAAUUUUCAGCGCGAAAACGAAUGUGGACCUAUAAAAUGCCAUCGAGGGGGUACUCCACCUGUAUUUUCGGCUAAACUGCAUACUAAGAACCAUUUUCACUUUAAAUAUGGCCGAGUGGAAAUACGUGCUAAGAUGCCCAUUGGCGAUUGGCUAUUCCCAUAUCUAAUCCUUCAACCGGUAAACACAGAAAGCGAACAGAAAUACGUCAACCACAUACGAAUUGCUUACGCACGAGGUAACAAGAAAUUGCAAGAUAAAAGCUCAAUGCCAAUCGGUGGAAAAGUGUUGUUUGGAAGUGCCGUGCUUUGGCCCAAUGAUACAACGCACACAGAGUAUAUGAACACAAUGCGAAAUCCUCAAGAUGAAUUGUAUGGCGAACGGUUUUACAACUAUACAUUGAUUUGGCAUGAGGAUCGCAUAAUAUUUAAGGUGGAUGGCUACAAGUACGGGACAAUAACAAAUAAGGAUGUUCUGAGGACUUUCAAGGAGAAUGACUGCUUCAUUGUAUUGGGUCUGACAGCAGGCGGCGGUCUCAACUUUGCAGAUGAUUACUUAUUGCGUGGGAUGAGGAAUUAUAGUUAUGGCGACGUUAAGGCUGUAACCAAAUUUGUUGAAUCAAACCCAUUCCCGACCUGGAAACAACCAAGCCUGAUGAUUGACUAUGUGAAAGUUUACACUACUCAUGCAAAUGAAGAAUAAAUUAUUUUAUGUAUGUGCAUAGGUAUAAAGGUGUACAUCAGGUGUAAAUGACAGCAUAUUAAAAAGUUUUUCCAUUA